AGCUCCUGUGAGGAACGCGGGCUUCGGCUGCGCCCCCUCGGAGCAGAGGCGAGCUCGCCCGCCCGGCGCCCGUUGGUGGGCCUCCCUCCGCCCGCUGCCCGGCUCCAGACCGCGCGGGGAGGCCUGCUGGACGCCGGGUACUCUUCCGCGCCGCGCGUCCCGACGCGGUACGUCGUCGGCGCCGCCGCUUGGCGUCAUGACUUCCGGGAGCCGCGGCCGCCAUCUUGGUCGCGCGGAAGAGCCGCGCCUGGGUGGGAGUCCCGAGCCGGAGGGAGCGGACGGUGAGGCCACCGCCAUGCCGUCGUCGCCGCUGCGGGUGGCGGUGGUCUGCUCGAGCAACCAGAACCGGAGCAUGGAGGCGCACAACAUCCUUAGCAAACGGGGAUUCAGUGUCCGGUCCUUCGGAACAGGGACUCACGUGAAGCUCCCAGGGCCAGCGCCCGACAAGCCCAACGUUUAUGAUUUCAAAACGACAUAUGAUCAGAUGUACAACGAUCUCCUUAGGAAAGACAAGGAGCUCUACACGCAGAACGGCAUCUUGCACAUGUUGGACAGGAACAAGCGGAUCAAGCCCCGGCCAGAGCGGUUCCAGAACUGCAGAGACCUGUUCGACCUGAUCCUCACCUGCGAGGAGAGGGUGUACGACCAGGUGGUGGAAGAUCUGAAUUCCAGGGAGCAGGAGACCUGCCAGCCAGUGCACGUGAUCAACGUGGACAUCCAGGACAACCACGAGGAGGCCACGCUGGGGGCCUUCCUCAUCUGCGAGCUGUGCCAGUGCAUCCAGCACACGGAGGACAUGGAGAACGAGAUCGAGGAGCUGCUGCAGGAGUUCGAGGAGAAGAGUGGCCGCACCUUCCUGCACACCGUCUGCUUCUACUGAGCCGGCGCCACCCGCCCGACGGCCUCUGCGCUGCCUGUUGUUAAUACUCGUUCCUUCCCACCCGUUCUGACCCCGAGGGCUGCUGCCCAGGGAUGGCCCCUGCGCUGUACAUAGUUUGGCCCCACAGCUGUCAAGUUCGGUGUCCCACCCUCGUUACUAGUGUGAAAUUAAAGUGUUUUUCUUUAAGCAAA